UCCAUCGUGAAGAAAGCGAGAGGCGCGCCUGCGGAAUGAAAGAGGAGAAGGAGAACAAGGGACGAGAGCGGCGAGUGGAGAUCCAGUUCCGAGACAGAGAGGAAGGGGAGAAGCGGAAAGAAAAGGAUGAGAAAAAAGAGGUGCUCACUAAGGUGGUGAUACGGCGUUUACCUCCUAACCUAACCAGAGCACAACUACAAGAACAACUGCAUCCACUACCUACACAUGAUUAUUUUGAAUUUUGUGCUGCAGAUGUAAGCCUUUACCCCCACCUAUUCUCCAGAGCUUACAUCAAUUUUAAAAAUCCUGAUGAUAUAAUUCUGUUCAGAGACCGAUUUGAUGGAUAUAUCUUCAUUGAUAAUAAAGGCCAGGAAUACCCUGCUGUAGUUGAGUUUGCACCAUUUCAAAAAAUUUCUAAAAGGAAACUGAAGAAGAAAGAUGCAAAAUCAGGGAGUAUUGAAGAAGAUCCUGAGUACAAGAAAUUUUUGGAAAGUUACUGUGCAGAUGAAGAGAAAGUUGCAGCUAAUCCAGAGACAUUACUGGGCGAGAUAGAGGCAAAGACCAGAGAACUGAUCGCAGGUACAGACCAAUUCCCAACUCUGGAGAAUGUCUAUAGCCAGGAACUUAAAGGUGUAAACAGAACUUGGAAGCAGCUGCACGUGUACAAGAACACAGCCAGGCGAACCACACCUCUUCUGGAAUAUAUUAAAAACAAGAAACUGGAAAAGCAGCGAAUUAGAGAGGAAAAAAGAGAAGAAAGAAGGAGACGGGAGCUGGAAAAAAAACGAUUGAGAGAGGAAGAAAAAAGAAAACGUAGGGAGGAAGAAAGGCGUAAAAGGAAAGAAGCAGAGAAACAGAAAAAAUUAGCAGAAAAGGAAAGGAAAGAAGAAAUCAAAAUUAAGUUGUUGAAAAAGGUUGAUAAGGAGGAAGAACAGGAUCUGGACAAAUGGAAAGAGAAAGCAGAGGAUGGUGACAUUGAUAAAGGAAAGUGGGAAAAACCAUGCUGUCCAGGAAAACGAUCAGAUAUUACACAAAAGGAUGUCAAAGAUAAACCACCAAACGAUAGUGAUAGAGAACGUAGAGAGAGGGAACGGGAAAGAAGAUUAAGGGAAAAAGAACGAGAACGAGAGCGACAAAGGCGACGUGAGGAUGAGCGCAGAAAGCAAAAAGAGCGUUAUGACGUAGAGAGGGCUAUGAGAACAAAAGAAGAAGAAACAAAAAGAGGGAAGGAACAUGGACAGGAAAGAGAAAAGAAGGGAGACAGCUUGAACUACAUGUUCAGUACUGAGAAAAUAGACAAACUGGGUAAAGAAGACAAAAAUGAUGACAUGGGAUCUAAAAGGGAGCGGAUAAGGAAUAAGGACCGUCCAGCUAUGCAGUUAUACCAACCUGGAGCACGGUGCCGAACCCGUCUGGGAUCUGGUGGAAGAACAUAUGAUUGCUGCAGUAAAUCCUCUGAGGACAGCACAGAGAGAAAGUAUGAAGAUGAUAGUUCUGUUGGAGCCUGUUCUGAGAAGAGUUGCGAAGAAUGAAAGAGCAUCAAUUAUGGUGAUCAGUCAAGAAGAACAUUUAUUACUUUACUGAGACAGAUAGACAGCAUCAUAAUGUAUAAGGCCAUCUCUGCGCUGAUUUUCUGCUUAACCUAGUAUUAAAAAAUGUUCUGUAAUUUUAGUAAUUUGACUAGUUAACCUAGUUUAAAGUAGUAAAUAACAGAAUUUGUUGAAAAUGAAAUCUGUAGAGCAAACUAAAUUAAGUAUAGGACCACUUGUAUGAGGAAGCAUUCUGAUUUACUGAGAGUAAAGUUGGUGGAUAGUUGCACCAAUCAUUUUGAAUAGUGUUAUUGGAUAGGGUGCAGGAUGAAUGUUGAGCUUUGGAUGUUAGUACAUAAGCAACUUAUAAACUAUACUGAUGUUGGGAUUUCAUAGAAGUUGCAUGUACGUGAUUAGGAUGUCCAUGAUCCUAAAACUAAUGUGGGAUGACUUAAGCAAUUUUUUUUUCCCCCAAUAUAUGUGGCCAUUAAACAAGAAGGGUGGAGUUGUUAUUUUCAUUUUGAUGUGAAAUGAUUUUAGGUAUUCAUUAAUCCUGCAGCAGCAAUAUGACUCAUUUUACAUCCAAAUCUGGCUCUGAAGUAUGCAGCAGCCAGGUAGCACUGCCUCCCCAAUACCAAUUUGUACUGGUUUAUCACUUCUGCUACAUUAUCUUUUAAAUCCUUAGUCUCUCAGGAUUGAGGAUGACUUACUUCAACUCUGACUGUGGGUUCUGUAGUGGCUAAUGAGGCCAUUGUGGAAGCUGCAGUCAUCCAUAGAUGAGCAGGAGAUGGCUGACAGAUCAGGUGUGUGGGUAGCUUGUGAAGUGGUUUGCUCCCGAUAUAUGGCCUCAAGGUUCUUGGUACCAUCCUGACUGCUGCUCCACCAAUUUGAACAAUCAUGAGCCAGAGGUUCUCAGGAGACAAUGAGGAUGUUGCACUUCAAGGAAGUUUUGAGCACAUACUUGAGUUAUAAUCAGCAUCCAGUAAAACAACAUUUUGAAAGGUUGGUCCAAAAUUUAAUUCAUAAUACUAUGAUAUCUGUCCAAGCAUGAAAACCCAGAACUUUUUGCAACAGACCUCGGGGUUACACAUUUGACAGAAUAACUAGCACAACAACUGCACAUCAACUUCACGAAUAUCCAUCAGAGACUAAUUGUUGCAAUAUAAUUCCAUUUUAGAAUUUACAAAUAACUAUGAACCUUUGAAUAGAGAUGAGGGCAAAAGAUGAAACAGCACUUAUCUGGUAAAUUAUGCCAUUUUCAGCAUCUAGUGCAAAUUGGGAUUAAUACAUCUGCAAAGCAUAAGCUUUAUCAUACAAAAGCAUGUUUAAUAUUUUGCAUUACUUCAGCAUGGAUGGAAAAUGUAGAAAAUAUUUUGAAUUUUUAAACUUUGGUCAGAUAUUAUUGUACUGCAUUGUUCCACAGUUACCUUAAGUAUUACAGAAAAUUCUUGUGCCAUAACAGUGAGCCUCAGUUGCUGCAUUUAUGUUGAACUUCUAAUAUUUAGAUUUCAUCUGGGAAUAUGGAAUUUGUAUAAUGAACUUAGAAGGCAUUUGAUACUCUGUUCAAGACUUUCUUAAUAUUCUGUUUUAAUAUCCACUCAUCUACUCCUCCAUUGCUUUUGUCAGCAAACAUAGCAAUAGAAUCUAUACAUGGUAUUAUUUCAGUAGAUUUGUAAUUGAAUAGCUAUUAUUGCAUAGCUGUUGAAAGAUAUGUAUGUGAUUCAUAAAUUAUUUGAUCCAUUAUGGAUUUCUAACUUAUUAUUGUUGGAUCCAUGAGUAUAGGUGUGACUGUAAGAUUAUUAAAUGGUAUGACAAUGAAUUGGAUUCCAUAAAAUCUUUUCUGUUUAUGGAGGAAUUACUUAUUUUAAUAUCUCACUUUUAGGCAUGAUUUCAGGAAUGUUAUUAACUAUUGUCCCAGUUGAAAGUACAAGUGGGUAUGUAUAGAGUACCUCAUAUGUAAAUUUUUGAAAGUAUAUUUGGCUAAGUUGGUAAGACUUGUAACAAAAAUGAUUUUUUCCCCCCAACAAUGAGUAAAAUAUACCUUAAUUUUCCAAUAA